AUGGACGAUCGUCAUAAAACACCUCGCAUAUAUGCUUCUGGUGCACAAAAAAGAAAGUUAAAAGUAGACCGUGAUAACCAGAGAGAAGAAAAAAGGAAAAAAAAUGAUGAUUCUGAACCUCGUAAAUUAAAUAUUGAAAAUACCAAUACUAUAGAAAAUGAACCAAUCGUAGAACAGGAAAUUUCGAAGACAUUUAUUGGUUUUGAAAAUGAUGUUGGUAUUUGGCCUCAAAACUCUACCAAUGAAAUGAUAACAUACUGGAUAAAACAAGGAUCUAAACAUUUGCAAAACUGCGAUAAAAUUGUAUUAGAAACAAAAUCCGUCCAACAAGAUCGGGUUGAUCGCUCUGCACAUAAUACUAGAAAAUGUUCUAUACAUUUUUUCAAACGGAUAACUAAAAAUAAAGAAGUUAUUAAUCGUAAUUGGCUAUGUUUUUCACCAACUACUGGUAAACUUUAUUGUUAUAUUUGUAAACUAUUAGGGAUAAAAAGUGGAAAGUUAUCUAGUGAUGGAUUUUGUGAUUGGAAGCAUGCAGCUGAAAAGUUAUCCCAACAUGAAACAUCUAAACAUCAUCUUGAAGCAAUUCUUGCAUUAAAUCAUCGAGAGAGAAAAAUUGGUUGUCUUGAUCAUCAACUUCAAAAACAAAUUGCAGAAUUAUCUUCUUAUUGGCGUAAAGUUCUAAAGCGAGUAGUAAGCACGAUCAAAUUUAUCGCAGAACGUGGCUUAGCAUUUAGAGGAGAUAACGAAAUAAUUGGUUCACCAAGAAAUGGAAAUUAUCUUGGAAUUCUUGAAUUAGUGGCGGAGUUUGAUCCACUUCUAUCGGCUCAUAUAAGAGAUCAUGCGAAUAAAAAAAGUGGCCACACAAAUUACCUUUCAUCAACUAUUUGUGAAGAAUUAAUUGAUCUUAUGGCUAAAGAAGUAUUAGGCGAAAUAAUUACAAGAAUUAAAAAAUCAAAAUAUUAUUUUGUAUCUGUAGAUUCUACUCCCGAUGAAGCACAUAUAGAUCAAUUGACUAUAGUAGUACGCUAUAUGGAAGAAAUAACUCCAGUAGAAAGAUUCUUAACAUUUGUACCAAAUUGUGGUCACACUGGCAUUGAAAUGGCAAAUACUCUUAUUACAUUUUUGGACUAUCAUAAAAUUGAAUUGAACGACUGUCGUGGUCAGUCAUAUGAUAAUGCGGCUAACAUGAGUGGCAAGUAUCAAGGAAUGCAAGCCUUAAUUAAAAAUAAAAAUGAAUUCGCAGAAUUUGUUCCAUGUUGUGGUCACUCUCUAAAUUUAGUUGGGAAAACAGCAGCCAACUCAUGUGUUGCAGCUAUUCGAUUCUUUGAUUUUAUACAAAACCUGUACGUGUUUUUUACUGCAACUCCCACACGUUAUGCACUUUUAACAAAAAAAUUAGCUUGCAUAGAUAAAAAUAAACGUGUUUACGUAUUAAAGAAUUUGAAUGAAACCCGUUGGUCAUGUCGUGCAGAUGCAACAAAAGCAGUUGUAUUUGGUUAUGAUUUUAUAAAAGAAGCUUUGGAAGAAAUUUCAAACGAUCUUGAACAAAAAGACAUUGUUAAAAUCGAAUCAAAAAAACUCAAUGAAUCAAUGUGUACACUUGAAGUGGCAUUUUAUGCAAUUUUUUGGAAUGACAUUUUAGAGAGGUUUGAUUUAACAAGCCAUCUUUUACAAGACCCGAAAAUAGUUCUUCAAACUGCUGUAAAUGCCCUAAAUUCUCUUUUAUCAUUUGUUCAAGAAAUACGAAAUAAAUAUGAAGAGUACGAAGAAAAAGCAAAACAAAUGUCAGGAUUAAAAGAUCAGAGCCGUUUCGAGCUAAACAAGAAAUAA